GAACUUUUCUGCCGCCGUGCCUUUCUGUUGCAGGGUGAAUUGCAUGCAACUGGUCCCGGUUCUGUUACUGAUUGAUUUGGUUGAGAUUGUGUUUUAGAAGCUCUGGGGAUUCUGAUUUGGGUCUCAGUUGCUUGGAGUCGAUUUCGGUCGUUGCGAACGGUGUUAUUCUCCCCCGUCUGGGUACAUUGCUCACAACAUGGCGCAACUCGCCGUGGGCACGCUGUUGCGUUGCCAGAAUACACGCACUCUCGGUCAGAGCAUUGGCUCUUGCACACAGAAGCGCACUUAUUCAAACAAGGUGCCCCAAUUCCAGAAGACCGAUUCGAACAAGAAGCUAUUCUCCGGGCUGCAGCGAUUUCGCAAUGAGGUGUUCAUCCCGCUCAACCUGUCGCAGCAGCAGAAGCUCCUGAUCUACCGGAAGAAACACCAGGCGACGUUGAAGGAGAACCCGGUGACGGUGACGGUGGGCGAGAAGGACGAGUACCGGCUGCGGCCGAUGGACUACACGGCGCAGCCGCGGAACACGGAAGCCAACCGGCUGAUCCACAUGAUGGAGACGUCGGCGGACUGGCAGAACCUGCGGCCGUUCCUGACGGCGCUGCACCACGUGAACCGCAAGCUGAACCUGGAGAUGGUGGUGCGGCGCGCGGGCAUGCACGACGCGCUGGGCGCCGUGCUCGAGACCGCCAAGGCCAAGGACUCGGGUUUCUCCCUCAAGUCGCCCAGCCUGGUGCAGAAGAUCUUCUUCGAGCUGCACCUGCGCGCCCAGCAGGCCGAGUUCAAGGGCCGCGACGUCGACCGCAUGCUCCGCCUCGGCGAGCAGUUCAUCAACCUCAUGGCCCUCCCCAGGCACGAAAACCCCUCCCCGGCCUCCGACGCCAAGCGCCGCCCCGCUGUCGUCGGCGUCAUGCUCGAGUUGAGCGCCGCCCGCGCCCUGCACAAGUUCGCCGGCAAGGACGAGGACCAUCUCGUUCACGACUACAGUCAUCGUCUGCUGGCUUGCAUGCGCCACUUGAAGCUUGAUAUGAAGGCCUCAAAUCUCUCACUUCCUAAAGGCAUUGCCCAAGCUGUACCUCUGGACAAACUUGAGAAAAUCCGGGAACGGAAAUACCUUACUGUCGACAGGCAGUUGGAGCAGAAUGUCCCCAUCUACCACGCCCUUCAGCUUGCCCGAAAGGUGGCCAUCGAUCCCGAACUCAGCAAGGCUCUGGAGGAACAAGCGAACAGAUUGGACAAGUGGAUUCAAAUCCAGAAGGAUGCUGCUCCCGAGAAAAUCAAGGCUAGCCCGACGCGGGGCUAUCAACAAAGUCUAAAGUAUCAUGGAAUCGAGGAUCAGUUGUCAUGAUUGAUCUGCCGCCUUCCUGUCUACGCCCUUUUUUUUUGUACAUUACCAUGAUUUCCUCAGAAUCUGUUUGGAGCUACAUCUUUUAUUUGAAAAUAAAUGCAUAUCCUUUUCUCCAAUUCAUCGACAUAACGCGCCUAGCUACGCUUGAGGUUCCAGAAGAUUUCAGCAGGAUGCCGUGCAACAGUCAUUCUGUAGUCCCCGGAGCAGAGUUUAGAAUCAAGAUACACAGAGAGAGAUGAGAAACACAAUGAGACGGGUUAUUCCCUUAAUUCAACGCAGAACGCUCAUCAUUCGCUCGAGAGGUAUUUCAGGCACAGAGCUCCAAGGUGUUGUCAUGGCGCAAGCGAGCUUGCACCGGUAGCACCGUCUUUCCAGAGACGACAGAAGGGCCGGCUACAGAAAUCUAAGGAGUAUGUGAGCUGAAUGCGUCGGUGAAAGAAAUGCGUGCAGAUUUG